UAAAGAAUUUCCUAUCUCUCCCUCUUUAUUUGCACUCAAAGAGCAAAGAGUUGCAGACAUUAAUCAGUCUCCUCGUCCCUUAAACCAGACCAAAGCAUCAAUGUCGACCGAAACACAACAGCCCGUUGUUAUGUACCCGAACAGUGUUUCCUCAGGGCAAGCACUGCCAUCUCAAAUCCCCCACUCCGAUGGAUCAUUCGGCACGGUUUUCAUAGUGCUUGCGGUCAUCAUCGUCAUAUCGUCGGUCGCUUGCUUCCUCAAAAGACUCUGCAACCGGCGCAUGAGCCAGACGAAACCCACCAAUCCCCGACGCAAAGGGAACGACAUAGAGUUGGGAUUCGAUGGUCCGAUUCGUACGGCGAAACCGGUCGACGUCACCGGUGGUGAUCAAAACAAAAGGUUCAAAAUGCUUGGGAAUGAAGAUCCCAGAGGGUUCAGAUUAAUGCCUGGAGACCAUGGGGAUUUCAAAGGGUUCAAAAUACAUCCAAAUGGUGAUCUUAAAGGGUUUAAAGUGCAAUCAAAUGGGGAUCUCAAAGGUCAAAAUAAACAAGUUGAUCAUGGAGCGAUCUAAGGCUGGUUCAUUAUAUAUAUAUGAUCAGGUUGGGGACAGAUUUUAACUAAAGAUCCCAGAUACGAAUUCUUUGUCAUUCUACUUGUGAUUCAGUCCAUCGAUAGUAGAUACUAUGCAUUUUGUGUUUUCAAAAAAAAUUUAGGCUUUUGUAGUUCACUAGAUUGUUGUUUUUAUGAUGUUGCACUUGUAUUGGUCUU